GACUACAUUUUCUCCAAAACGGCUCAAAGACCCAAAAUUGCCAUAGUAUGUGGAUCAGGACUGGGUGGAAUAACAGGCAUAUUGAAGGAUCCCGAAUUAAUCAGCUACAAGGACAUUCCAAACUUUCCAAUUAGCAGUGUCCCGGGUCAUGCUGGCAAACUGGUUUUUGGCAAGUUAGGGAACAAAGAUGUUGUUUGUAUGUCAGGUCGUGUGCAUGCUUACGAGGGUCAACCUUUGUGGAAGGUUACAUUUGCCAUGAGAGUGUUUGAUAGCAUGGGUAUAAAAGUGGUCAUCCUCACAAAUGCUGCUGGUGGUGUUGGAGAAAAAACAAAAGAAGGUGAUCUGAUCAUUUUGAAAGAUCAUAUUAACUUACCCGGAUUGUGUGGUUUCAAUCCUCUCGUUGGACUCAACGAUGAAAGAUUUGGUGCAAGAUUUCAGGAAACCACAGUCUGUUACGACAAAGAGUUGAGAGACAUCGCACUUAAAAUGGCCAAAGACUGCAAAAUGGACUUUGUUUGCGAAGGGGUGUAUAUUUACCAAGUUGGUCCAACAUUUGAAAGUCCCUCAGAGGUUAAAUUUUUGAAGUUGAUAGGUGGUGACAUGGUUGGCAUGAGCACAGUGCCUGAAGUUGUAGUGGCUCGCCAUCGUGGUAUGCGCUGCCUUGGGAUAUCACUCAUUACGAACAAGUGUAUUGACGUAUUCGACUCUAACAAGAAGCCAAACCAUGAAGAAGUUCUAGAGUUGAGCAAGCAGCGAUCCUGCGAACUUCAGAAGCUCAUCUCCAAAAUUGUUGAUGCCAUAUCUCUUGAACAGGCUUCUGCUUGUGGAAUUUGA